CAUCUGCCGCGCGGUCACGUGACACAUCUGUCAGGGGACAGCAUGGCGGACAUGCAUGUGGAGCCUCACAACAAACUGCACCGAUUGUCCAGCUAACCCCGCCGCGAGGAAACAUCGACACCGCGCGCAGAGCCGGGCCGCCGGCGCCCGAACACCCCGCAGAAUGGACGACGACAACAAACUCCAGUUCCCGUCUCUGCCCGCGACCAAGGAGGACCUUCUGGACUGGGCUUAUCCAAUGAGACGAGAAAUGCAGGAGAUAUUACCAGGACUGUUUUUAGGUCCCUUCUCUGCUGCAAUGAAAAGCAAGCUGCCAAUUCUUGAGAGACAGGGCAUAACGCAUAUUGUGUGUGUCCGCCAAGACAUUGAAGCCAAUUUUAUCAAACCUAAUUUCCCUCAUUCAUUUAGAUACCUUGUAUUAGAUAUUGCUGACAAUCCAGUGGAAAAUAUUAUAAGAUUUUUCCCUACAACUAAAGAAUUUAUUGAUGGCUGCUUAGCAACAGGAGGAAAGGUACUGGUUCAUGGUAAUGCAGGGAUAUCAAGAAGUGCUGCCUUAGUGAUUGCAUACCUUAUGGAAACAUUUGGGAUGAAGUACAGGGAUGCAUUCAGCCACGUUCAGGAGAGGAGGUUCUGCAUCAACCCCAAUGUGGGCUUUGUGCAUCAGCUACAGGAAUAUGAGGCGAUCUACCUAGCCAAAUUGACCAUUAAAAUGAUGUCACCGAUGCAGUUGGGCAGGUCCUUCUCCAUACAAGCUGGGAUGCCAGGAAGCCGUAAACGCAGCCUGGAGGAGGAUGAGGACUUUGGAGCAAUGCAGGUCACAGCAGCACAGAACGGAUGAGCUUUGCUGAUAUUUAGCCACGUGGCGCAGUGCACUCAAUUAUAUUUUUUUUUUACAUUUUUAAUGGGAUUAAAAAUGUAAAUAUUUGAACUUUUUCUAAGGGGAAGGGAUGAGGGCGGGAACGGGGCCACUCGUGUCUGAGACACGGAGUACUGACGGGGAUCGGGCAAAUUUGAUAACUCCUUUUUUUUUUCUUGAGCUGUAUGCACUGAUGGGAGAUUUUUUGCAGUUUUAUAGUAUUUAAAGCAUUUUGCAUUUGCAGCGGGACAGUAUUGCAAUAAUGCACUUUCGAUACUUGAAUUUGUGUAGACGACCAGAACGGGGCAGUCGGCAAAAAAGGGAAAGUAGCCAGGACGUCGCCCAGCGGAAGACAUGUGAGGAGGAAUAGCUAAUGCCUUUAUUUUGGGAGUAAUAGGAUUAUGGACUAAUAUCAGGCUUAAUGUGGGAUAGUAAGGAAUGGAAUAAUAACAACUCACUGCUUAAUAAAAACAAGUCUGAGUAUA